GCAUUACGCUGUGCACGGAGUGGAAUGGACUGGUUGGGAAAGAAGUAAACUACGCAAUUUGCGGGAACGCAACAGUAUACUGGACCACGAGAGUGAACUGGCCAUAGGUUGCAAUUGUAGUUAUCGUAUUAUGUGUGCAAAAUCUUUACGCGUGUGCUACGUGUACAUGUAGUGGACCGAUAAUUGGGGUUCACUGGACCACGAGAGAGACCUGGCCAAAGGUUGCAAUUGUAAAGAGUGUAAAAGCAGUGAACACUAUCUUGUGUUGGUGUACCCCAUUUUUUGGUGAGUUAGUUUGUCAUCGUUCGCCGUGCAUAUGGGGGAUCGACAUGCAUCGUGUCAACAACAACAGUUACGAUAUAUACUACGAAUUGAUGAAAGCCUACCGAUCCCUCCCCGUGGUUCCACCAGAAGAAGGGGAGGAGCUAGACUAUGUCUAUAAGGGGGUGCGGAUGUACACGAUCUGCGAGAGGGCAUCCUUGGACGCCCUGCCCACGUGGGAGGUCCGACCCGAUGACGUGUUCGUCAUGACCUACCCAAAAUCAGGCACCACGUGGAUGCAGCAUAUAGUCCUGGAGGUGAUGAAGCUGACUGGCCGUGUCAGCGUUAACAAGGAGGUGCACUUGUCUUUUCGGUUCCCUAAUCUCGAAUCGACAUGGAUCCAUCACAUCUCACAGGCGGGUCUGGUGAAACCCGGGAACGUGGUCUUGGACGAAGCGCCCUCACCGAGACUGAUCAAGACCCACCUGCCGUCUUGCAUGCUCCCCGAGCAGAUGCUGACCAAGGCACCGCGGAUCAUCUACGUCAGCAGGAACCCCAAAGACGUGGCCGUAUCCUACUACCACUGGCACAGGUCGGCUUAUUUCUUGCCCGGCUACGAUUCCUGGGACGUCUUCUUCGAAGAGUUCAUCAGGGGAGCAGUGAUCAAUGGCUGCGUCUUCGACCACAACUUGUUCUGGUGGAAGAGACGGCACCAAGCCAAUGUCCUCUUUGUGAAGUAUGAGGAUAUGCAAAGAGAUCUGAGAAGCACCAUAGCCAGAGUGGCUUCGUUCAUCGGGGAGAGUCUGACUGAGGCACAGGUGGAUCAGGUGUACGAGUCCAGCACCUUCAGCUCCAUGAAGACUAACCCCAAGGCCAAUCUAGACGAUAGCUACGGCAACAUGAAGGCCUUCAUGCGAACAGGGAAAAGUGGAGGCUGGAAAAGCACGUUCACGGUGGCCCAGAACGAGAGAUUCGACGAAAUUUGCCGAGAAAAACUGAGAGGAACCGGUCUCACUUUUGAUUUCGGUUUAUGACUUUUCCCCGCUGGUUAUGGGCACAAUGGAAAACGAAAAUGUUAUAUUUUUAACCAAAUUCUUAAAUCGAUAUUCUUAAAUAUCUUAUCUAUAUACCGUCUGUAUCGUUUUAUCAGUAUUAUCUUUUAUCGAUCAGUAUUGGGCGCUAAAUAAAUACAAGUAUUGUUUUAAAUAAAUAUAAACAUUCCUCACUUAUUAAUUUUUUGAGUAAUCUUUAAUUUGAGGUUAAUUUGAAUUCUGAAGUGCUCAUUUUUAAUAGGGUAUUUAUAAACUUGUAAUUUUUAUCGUAAUUUGUGUAAACCAAUUAAAUUAUUGAAGUCUUUGACUUUUUAUUUGGUGAUGUCUUUUUAAUGAAAUAAACCAGAAUUGAAUUGAAUUGAAAUUGAACUAUCUACCACUAUCUCCAACCGAAAUUAACUUCAGUUUAGAGAGAUUGCUAGUUAUGGAUCGUCUCAUUUCCGUAGCUAAUCAAUCAAACAGCAAAAGGCCCUUCGUCAUGGUACAUGUAUUUUUGUCAUACCAAGAUAAAACAAUUAUUUAAAAAAAAAAAUCCCUAUGGUAAGCGAGGAAACAAAAUCCGCAAUGCAAUCUCACAAUUUUUAUUAAUUAACGAUCGUGGAAAUCCAUCAAAAGGAAAAGACAGGAAAAUCUCAGUGUGUAUAUUAUCCAGAAUAUUCGAUUUUAAGGCACGCAUUUGAUAACUUGGUCCCCAUUCUUAAAAUGUACAUAAUAUUAUCUUUGCAGCAUUUUUACCUAUUGAAGAAUUGUAUCAAAGGGAAAAUUGAACCGUGGAACAAUAGUUAACGAUUAUCAAUCAAUGAAAGCAUUGUGCACCAAAACGUUUGAGUGUUUUAUGAAAAACAUUAAUAAAAAAAAAUCAUUGUAAAGUUCUUUUGUACUUAAAUGAGUUACGAUGAGUUAAAGGACGCGGUGCUAUUUGGUUGAAACUUUAUAAGAGGUUAAAAACAUC